AUGUAUCUUGGAAAUCACGUGUUGAGAUUUGAAAACGUGGAAAUAGACGUGGAAGAUGAAGAAAAAGCAAGAAAAGAAUUACGGGAAACACCGGAUGUUGUUAAAGAAUCGUUGGAAUCUUUUAAAAAACUAUUAAACGAUGAUGAAUCUCUCGUGUAUCCGACAGACGACGAUUAUAAAUUACAAAUAUUUUUAAGACCUUGUAAAUAUUAUCCAAACAGCGCAUUGACAAGAAUGAAAAAAUUUUAUAAAUUUAAAUAUAAUCAUCCGAAAUAUUCCGUUGAUUUAUCACCCAAUCAUGAAAAAAGAGCUUUUCAUCAAAAUUUAUUAACAAUAUUACCAUAUAGGAAUAAAAAUGGCGAAAGGAUUUUAGUUAUAGAAGCUGGAAAAAAAUGGAAUCCGAAAUGUUGCACAUUAAAUGAAAUAUUUCGAUCUGUUAUGAUCGUCCUGGAAGCGGCACUGGAAGAACCUAAAACUCAAAUAAAUGGAGUUCAAGUUAUUUUAGAUUUAUAUGGAUUAUCAUUGCAACACGUUUGGCAAUUCACGGCAACUUUUGCUAAAAAUGUCGUCGAUUGGGUACAAGAUUGCAUACCUAUAAGGCUAAAAGGAAUUCACAUAGUUAAUCAACCCUAUGUUUUUAACAUGGUUUAUGCUCUUUUCAAACCUUUCCUUGGUGAAAAAUUACAAAAGAGGCUCAAAUUUCACGGUACCAAUUUCGAAAGUUUACAUUCUUACAUAAGUCCGUCGGUUUUACCGAAACAUUUUGGCGGUGACGUAGACAUACCUUUCGAUAAAGGAGAAGAACUUCAUAAAUAUUUAUCGAAAUACGAUUCCGAAUUUAAGGAACGUUCGCAUUACGGGUAUUCGAAUGGUCCGCCAAAAGAUUAA